ACUACCUCUCUUCCGCUGUAACAUUUUCCCGGCGAAAGAAGAGUCCGGGACACUCGCUAAGUCAUUUUAGUAUAUUCACCCAAAUUCAAUCAUGGCUUUUACUGCUUCACUUCCCCGUCUAUCUCCAUCAUCUCUGCAACUCUCCCCUUCUCCUUUACCUUCUUCUUUUUCUUCUUCCGUUCAUGUAGAAUCCUCCUUAUCCUCUUUUCUUCCUCUUCAUUUCUCACUAUCUACUCUCUCAGGAAGAUACAGGCGUUCAAGAAACAAUUUUGUAAUUUAUGCAAAAAAAAGAUCUGGGUUAGAAGAGGCUAUGCGCAUUAGAAGGCAACGGGAGCUUCAAAAGACAGUACCAGUAGCUGUUGAGAAAUUUACACCUUUGAGGCGUGGAAAGGUUUCAGGACCUCUGUCAGUGCCAGAGGAGAUACUUAGACCUCCCUAUGUGGGUUCCAGUAUGCCUGCACUUGCUCGUGAACAUCAGAUUCAUGAUUCUGAGGGCAUUGCUCGCAUGAAGGCUGCAUGUGAGCUUGCUGCUCGUGUCUUGGACUAUGCAGGAACUUUAGUUAAGCCUUCGGUUUCAACAAAUGAAAUUGAUAUAGCCGUACACCAAAUGAUCAUUGAUGCUGGUGCUUAUCCUUCACCUCUUGGUUAUGGGGGAUUUCCGAAAAGUGUAUGCACUUCAGUGAAUGAGUGCAUGUGCCAUGGAAUACCUGAUUCCCGUCAGCUACAGGAUGGUGACAUAAUAAACAUUGAUGUAACUGUCUACUUAAAUGGUUACCAUGGGGAUACAUCAAAAACAUUUUUGUGUGGAAAUGUCAAUGAGAUAACCAGAAGACUCGUGAAGGUAACUGAAGAAUGCUUGGAGAAGGCUAUAGCUGUGUGCAAAGAUGGUUCAAGUUUUAAAUCAAUCGGGAAGCAGAUAAGUGAGCAUGCUGAAAGUUAUGGCUAUGGUGUGGUGGACCGUUUUGUUGGCCAUGGUGUAGGAACUGUAUUUCACUCUGAACCAGUAAUUUACCACUACUGCAACGACAAACCUGGGCGCAUGGUUGAAGGUGAAACUUUUACCAUCGAGCCAAUCCUAACGUUAGGAAGCAUCGACUGUAUUGAGUGGCCAGAUAAUUGGACAACUCUUACAGAUGAUGGAAGCCCCGCUGCACAAUUUGAGCAUACAAUCUUGAUCACCAAAACGGGUGCAGAAAUUUUGACUAAAUAUGAAUCCUAGAAUCUGCAUUUCUAAGACAAAUUUUGUUUUUCACUGUAUACUGUAGGAAUCAUUUUUCCCUGGGUAUAUUAGAUGCCCUUCUCAAAAAUUCGGGUGCAGAAAUAACAAUAUGGCAUCUACUUGAUAGAGAAGAAGAAAUUUCUGCUUCCUGAUAUAUUUCUGCUUCCUAUACAAAUGUGUACAAAAUUCUUCAUCAUAUUCAAUAUUAACGUCAUCAUAGAGGCCUA